UCCUCCAGCAGCACAGAACAACCUGCUAUUAGCACUACCCAAGAAUCCAGCUCUAGCACCACAGAAGAACCAGGAAGUAGCACUACCCAACAAUCUACCUCAGGUAGCACAGAAGGUACAAGCAGUACGAGCACAAAGGAAUCAUCCUCCAGCAGCACAGAACAACCUGCUAUUAGCACUACCCAAGAAUCCAGCCCUAGCACCACAGAAGAGCCAGGAAGUAGCACUACCCAACAAUCUACCUCAGGCAGCACGGGAGGUAUAAGCAGUACCAGCACAAAGGAAACAUCUUCCAGCAGCACAGAACAACCACCUAUUAGCACUACCCAAGAAUCCAGCUCAAGCCCCACAGGAGGUCCAACGAGUAGCACUAGCCAAGAAUCCACCGUAAGCAGCACGGAAGGAUCAUCUAGUAGCAGUACCCAAGAGUCAACCUCAGUCAGCACAGAAGGCCCAGCAAGUAGUACUACCCAAGAAUCCACCUCAAGCCCCACAGAAGCACCAGGAAGUAGCACUAGCCAAGAAUCUACCGUAAGCAGCACUGAAGGAUCAUCUAGUAGCAGUACCCAAGAAUCUACCCAAGAAUCCAGCUCUAAUACCACAGAGGAACCAGGAAGUAGCACUACCCAACAAUCUACCUCAGGCAGCACAGAAGGUACAGGCAGUACCAGCACAAAGGAAUCAUCCUCCAGCAGCACAGAACUACCUUCUAUUAGCACUACCCAAGAAUCCAGCUCUAGCACCACAGAAGAAUCAGGAAGUAGCACUACCCAACAAUUUACCUCAGGCAGCACAGAAGGUACAAGCAGUACCAGCACAAAGGAAACAACUUCCAGCAGCACAGAACAACCUGCUAUUAGCACUACCCAAGAAUCCAGCUCAAGCCCCACAGGAGGUCCAACGAGUAGCACUAGCCAAGAAUCCACCGUAAGCAGCACGGAAGGAUCAUCUACUAGCAGUACCCAAGAAUCAACCUCAGUCAGUACAGAAGGACCAGCAAGUAGCACUACCCAAGAAUCCAGCUCAAACAGCUCAGAAGGUCCAAGUACUACCAGUACAAAGGAACCAUCCUCCAGCAGCACAGAACAACCUGUUAUUAGUACUACCCAAGAAUCCAGCUCAAGCAGCACAGGAAGUCCAAGUAUUACUAGUACAAAGGAAUCAUCCUCAAGCAGUACAGAAGAACCCGCUAGUAGUGCUACCCAAGAAUCCAGCUCAAGCAGUACUGCAAAUGGUACUACAAAAUCCACAAUAUCUAGCGGUUGUUCAUGCGCUACCCCGACUCCUGCCGACUCUACUACUUUAUCACCGCGGGAUAUAUGGUAUACAUCUUUAAUGCAAUGUCUAAAAGAGAACGAUUUUGAUGAAAUUCCAGCUAUUAGUGGGCGCAGAUUAGUUCGCAUCUUAGAGCGAUGUCUAUUUGACAUUGGUACGCUGAGUCAGCUAAAGGCUUGAAGGAGGUAUCAUAAUUUUCAUAAUUAUGAUAGUGAACAAAUGAGAAUUUGUAAUUUAAAUACAAGCCAGGCCCAAUGUUGCUACAACGAGCAUUGAAAGCAAUAUCGAAGUAUUCCUAAGUGAAGUCAAUGGAAGAAUGGAAGUUUGCAUAAUUUCUAGAAUAUAUUAGGUCAGUCCAUAAAUUGGUUUAUUUCUCUGUACUAGAAUCGUUAAUAAAAAAGAAAAUAUGAUACAAUUUUUCUUGUGCGAAAUACUUCUUCUGGUUAUUUAAAACCGUUUUCCUUAACACAUAGGAUAUGUAAUAUUAAUAGUGUAACAAACAACUACGGUAAAAAGAACGUUAAAUUUA